CGAUCUGGACCAAUCGGCCGAGGCGUGUCUUGCUUCGCCCCGUCCACUUUGAUUGACCGCCGGAAAGUUUUUUUGCACUUUCUCUGCAGACACCGCGGCUAGAAAGCGCCUGAAGUGAUGAGAGCCUUUUAUUGCCUCAUGCUGGGGCGGCAAGGCGACAGCUCAAUAAGUCUUUACAGCCCGUCGUUUUGAAAAACAAAAUCUAAAAUCAUGCAUCCAAAAUUCUCAGGGCAAGACAUAAUCCAACACUAGUUGCCGUUGCUUUAAUAAUUCUGUUGACCUUUUUGUUUUUGAACAAAACACAAAUAUUUAACCCCUCCCCUCCCCCUUCCAGGUAUAAAACAGGAUCAGAGGAAAAAGAAUCUGGACAUUUUGUUUGGAGGACUGAGCGAAAUAGAAGUGAAGCAAAGCUGCCGUUGUUCUCCUCUCUUGCCUCUUCCUUUUUCUUGUGAGAAGUUGGAACUGAAUCUGACCACUUUUCGGUAAUGUUAGCCGUUGGGCAGAUGGACGGGAGUCGGCAGAGCGCGUUCGUGCUAAGCAGCCCGCCGUUAGCGGCCCUGCACUCAAUGACUGAGAUGAAGAAUCCCUUGUACCCUUACUCCAUGCAGCCCGGAGGUGGGACGGGGGCCGGGGUUUCCUCCACUUCGUCCUCCCCGAGUCCACCAGGUAUUAUCAGUGCAGCUACCGCCGCGGCGGCGGCGGCGGCGGGGCUCAAGUGCACGUCCAGCUUGCCCGCUUUCAUGACACAGCAACUGGCCUCCGCCACUCCUCACGGUAUCAACGACAUCCUGAACCGUCCGCUGAUGCUAAUGGGCGGGGGAGUUCCAGGAGGAGGCGGCGGCGGCGGAGGAGGAGGAGGGAUCGCUUCUACUUUGCUCUCGGGAAUCCCGCGAUUUAACACCAGCCUGAGUCCCCCGCCACCCGGUAUGUACUUCAGCCCGGCGGCGGCGGCAGCGGCAGCGGCGGCGGCAGCAGUGGCCCGUUACCCUAAACCGCUGGCAGACUUGCCAGGUAGGACGCCCAUCUUCUGGCCUGGAGUAAUGCAAAGUCCGCCGUGGAGGGAAGCCAGGCUGGGAUGCUCACCCCAUCAGGGCGCCAUGCUGAUUGACAAAGACGGAAAAAGGAAACACACCAGGCCUACAUUCUCCGGGCAACAAAUAUUUGCAUUGGAAAAAACUUUUGAACAAACUAAAUAUUUAGCUGGGCCUGAAAGGGCGAGAUUGGCGUAUUCACUAGGAAUGACGGAGAGUCAAGUCAAGGUUUGGUUCCAGAACAGACGGACAAAGUGGAGAAAGAAGCACGCGGCAGAGAUGGCCACGGCCAAGAAGAAGCAGGACUCGGAGACUGAGAGAUUAAAGGGCACCUCGGAGAACGACGACGAGGACGAUGAAUACAACAAGCCGCUGGAUCCCAAUUCCGACGAUGAAAAGAUCUCCCAGUUGCUAAAGAAACACAAACCCACCACUUUGCACAUCCACACGAGUGAAAACGAUAGCUCAUAAGAGGCGGAAGACUUUAUAAUUCUUGAUUCCACCGAAUUUAGCACUAAACCCCCUUUCUCUCUCACUUCCCCCCCCCCCCUCUCCCCCCUCUCUCUCUCCCUCUCUCGCACCUUCUCUCUCUUCCCCCCUCUCUCUAUCUACACCACUCUCUCUGUACAUUUUCAGAGAUGUAUAUAUUUUUAUAGUCUAUAUAAGUUAUGGGAAGAUCUGUUAGAAGCCCCAGCACUAAUUCCCAUGGCUCUAAUCACAAGGACAGGGCGCGUUUGAUCUCCAACGAGCAUUCUGGUUGGCGGGACGUUUUUAUACCGAGAUAGGUGUAUAGUAAUAUAUUCAGGUGAGGGUCUGGGACGGUCAGUUGUGGGGUGGAGAGGGGAAGUAUUCGGGGCUCCACGUCUUGUAAAUAACUCAUGUAUUAAAUAUCGAACAGAAGAAAAUAACUGUGAAUAUUUAUGUGUAAAAUACAUUUUGUAUAAGGAAAUAUCGGUUUAAAUUAGCGCUUAAUUUUUAAUGUAUAGAUUUCGUUUCGAUUUUCGUGUUUGGAAUCCUGUGAAGUCAGAAUGCAAGUGUUGCCAGGAUUUGUGUUUGUGGAUUAAAAAAAAGUAAGAUAUUUUUAAUUCGUUAGCGUUUAAUAAAUAUUAUAAUUCGAA